AUGAAGAAGCUUUUUUGCUCCUUUUUUCUUAUGGUGAUAAGCUGGUUUCAUAGCUCAACUUCAUUAUAUUUCGGUGCAAAUAUAAUUCUUCCCCAAUUGAAGGAUUUGUCGUCAGCUGUGAACAAAGCUUCCACAAUGAUUGAUCAGUUAAAGCCGAAUCUAUGUACAAUUGGUAAAACUCUUCUCAUUUUCGACUACGAGGAUUAUGUUGAUGCAGCAAAAGCUAUAACAGAUGUGGAAUAUUUGUUUGAAGAUGUUCAGCUCUUUUUUGGAAGCAGUUUGAAUUGUUUCAAUGUUCAGAGUAGCGAAACUACUAUUCAAACUUCAGGUCGUAAUAUUGAUAAUCUCAUCUAUCAGUUAGAUAUCUACAUAAGUACGGGAUUUAAUAAACUAUACCAAUCUGGAAAAGUUUUGGGAAGAGUUUAUGAUGAAACUGUUUCAUUGCAUAUCGAAAGAAUAUCUUCAUCGUUUUCAUCAGAGUUUGAAACAGUGAAAGAAUCAUUGAAAAUUUUACGUGAUAACAUUUUGGAAUCCUUAUUAUCAGAUAGUGUUUUAACUCCUGGAUCCUUAGCAGCAAAUAUUAACGACACAGCAUUAACUGAUUUAAUAACUGCGUUUAAAGAUCUUCAAGUAUCCACACAACAAUUGUCAACAGUUGUUGCAGGUCUCAAAUUCCUAACAAUCACUUUAGACAUUGUUUCGUCAUCAAUUUCAUACAUGCGAGAUAAACAAAAUGAAGCUAUUCAGGCGGCAACUUAUGAUCUUGACAUCACAACUCAAGCUGCUAUAAGACUUUUCAAUAAAAACACUGUCGACUACCAAGAUUUAACUUCGAAAGGGUUUGAUACAUUCCUUUCAUUUUCAACAUUAUCCCUUCAAAACGAUUCUGAUAUUCAAUCAAAUCAUUUGAAAGUUGAGAAUUUUGUGAUAAAUAUUUAUGAGCUGCUUGAAAGAAAUUCAGUAGAAUUUACGGAGACUUUGAACAGGCAUUUCAAUGAUUUAUCGCAAGAGAUUAGAAACGUUGGAAAAACAUUAAAAACUGUAACUCGUCGAAUUUCAGAUUUAAUGGUUGAAGUUCUCGCUGCAAACAGUGGAACUUUCAAUAAAUGUUUCGCAGAAACUCAUGAAAAUGCGUUACUCGCACAUAAAGCACUUCAAGUUUUCGGUAAAAAUAUCACAGAAUGUAUAAAGGUUGAAACAAAUAUGUCUUUAAAAGCUGAAAGUCUCAUAUCUUUCAUCGUUGAGGAUAUUGUACUAAACAUACAAGGUGCUUCUGAUCAAUUAUGUGCUUGUACACGUAACGAUGUCGUUUCAACCAAGGAAUGCAUAGAAAGUAUUGCAUCUGAAAUGGAAUUGAGUUUGCUUAACGAAGAAACGACAUACAUCGAAAGUGAAAUGGAUAACCUUAAAGUAAACAUCACAAUGGAUAUUGGAGAGUUCACGACAUGCAUUGAAACUGCAACUGUGGUGAUUGAAGAAGACUUUAAAAGAUUCCAGGAAUCAGUUUAUGAAUGUAUUUUAACAUGA